AAAGAAUAAUAAGCUAAUUACAAAACUCAGACAACACAAUUUUCAGAGCUAGAAGAAUAUUCGGAAGAAAAAGAAUAUCAAAACCACCGCUUGUACUUCCGCGACGUUUCUCUCGUCACGUCCACCGCUGUUUAUCUUUCCAAUCGAUCUUCCAUUUCCAAUGGCAACCCCUGCCACCACUACCGCCGCCACCACUAUCACCGAGGAAAUCCCUCUCGAAACCCUAGACCCCACCUCCCCCAAUCCCCACCCAGAUUCAAUCUCCAACGACAAAGACGAGAACGACAAGAAAUCCAAAGAAACACUGGCUGAAACCGACACCGACGCUCCACUUUCCGAUGUUCAAAAGAAGAUGCGUCGCGCAGAGCGAUUCGGUAUUUCCGUCCAGUUGUCCGAGAAAGAGAAGCGCAAUUCACGAGCCGAAAGGUUUGGUACUGCUUCUGUAUUACAGGGACCUGAGGGAUCAAAAGCGGAAGAUCUGAAAAGGAAGGCUAGGGCAGAGAGGUUUGGGAUUCCUACUCCUGCUACUGCUGCUGAUGAGGAUGCAAAGAAGAAAGCUCGCCUUGCUAGGUUUGCACCUGGUUCUAAGAUUGAUCCUGCUGAGGAAGAUAAAAAGAAAGCAAGAGCACUUAGGUUUUCAAAGUCGUCAUCAACCCCUUUGUCUCAAGUCAAUGCUGAGGCGUACAUUGAGCCUGCUGCUAUUACGGGUAAUGCUGGAGGAGGGACCUGAUUUAUCAGCCUGCUUCUUUUAUUGUAGGUUUUUUUUUUCUUCUUUUAUAGUUUUUAGCACUUCAAUAUUCAGAGUGGCUUCCGCACACAGUAUCUACUUUAUGAACUAUUAACUCCCAGAUGCAUCUACCUUCCUCCAAGCCGUGGAUAGAUUCAAGUGCUCGAGGUAGCCUGCUUUUGUUUCGUCACAACAUUGACUCUAUGUGAUAUCUUUGGUAAUUAUUGGCCGUCUUCAUAGUGUUACUUAUCUUAAAAUCAGCAAAGGUUUUAAUAUUAGAAUCUACAGCCUUAAAAAUUUAGAUAAAUGAAUGUUUUUUUAUAGGAACUUAUCUGUUUAUAGUUUUCUUUUGCUAGUGAAAUGCUCAUUGUCAUUGUGCCAAAAGGUACUGCCAGAUUGGUUUUACCGGUCCAAUGUAACACUGAUCCAGAAUUUGGUAAUUUUGGCUUAGGUUUUGUUGUUUGAUGUGUCUUUGAAGGGCGAUAAAUAACUGUGGAAGUAGGCCCUUCUAUUAUAGAAUAGCAUGCAUAAUACAAGAUGAACUUUUUUCUGGUUAGUGCAUGACAUGUAUUUUGGGGAGAGGUGCGGGUAAAGUUAGAUUUCUUCAUCUUCUAUGAGUAGUAACGCUCACUCAGGUAUUCUUCCUCAAUAUUUCUUGGCCUAGAUUCUCGCUGAUAAAAUUUAAAGGGAGAGUGCGAAUAUGGAACUACUGAUAAUGGCUGCAUUUGUACUUUUGCAUCUAAAAUUGCUUUCCUCAAUCCUUUGUUGUUCUGAGUUUUUUGUUGCUGUGUUUAUGCCCACUAUUUCACUUCUAUGGUUGUAUCAUGUUUGAAUCAUAUGAAAAAAAGUGAUCACGGCACAUUACAUGAAUCUGAAGCAUGCCCUUUGAAAAGGGGUCAAUGUACUAUGUGGCUGAAUCUUGAUGCUUUUUUAUGUAGGUGGUUAAACUUGUUUUUUUUAAUUAAGGCUGUAGCUUCUAAUUUCUAUUACCUUUGCUGUUAUUUUAAAGAUAAGUGAACGCUUAGAAGUUUUAUAUCCGAAGUUGCCAAAAUAUAAAAUUGUAUAUCUGUAGUGCUGGAUGUGGAGAAAACUCUGUAAUUUUUGUGCUUUAAAUAGUACCUUGUAAUCUAUUUUGUAUGAUGGACCAAAGCUUGGAAUAUAGUAUCAUGUUUCUGGGGUUGACA